CUUCGUUUUUUAUAGAGAUAAAAUUUAAAUAAAAUCAGUGAAAUUGCUAUAAGUGAUAUAACGAUUCCAAUCAUUUUUAAGUGCGCAUUAUCUUAAUAAAUAUUUAAAGUAUUCUAAUUAUGCUUAUACUUAUUUAACAUAAUAUCAUUGAUACAAUUCUUGAUAGAUAUGACAAUAAAGAAGAAAACUUAUCAACGUCAAUCACGGCGUCUACUUCGAUCAAAAAUUGUUCCAAUAUUUUCAAUAAAUUACGUUUUGAAUUUUAAAUUAAUCAUAGACAUGAAAAUAAGAAAUAUAUAUUGAAGAUACUAGUGUAUAAUAAGAUAUAAAAAAAAGUGCAAUCAAGUGCAUAAAGUAAACAAAGUGCAAACAGUUGAUUAUAAACAUCAGUUUUCAAUUGAGUGUUCUGUAAAGAAUAAUAAUGUUUCUUGAAAAUAAUAAUGCUUUCCUUUCAUAUAUCAAAGGUUACUCUCAUUUAAUGAAGUUUAUAAAAUAAUUUUUAAUCAAUUUACUUAUCUCAUUAUUGAGGCUUAAUUUGUGUAAGAAAUAAUUAUAAAUGAAAGUAUAUAAAAAUGACUUCUUUCAAAGUGAUAUAAUUAUAAAAUAAAAUUGUAAAUAUAAAAAACAUAAUGGACAUCAAUAGGUUAGUAAUAAUCAGUGUGGUAACGGAUGAGAAAGAACUAAAUAUAUCGUAUACAGUAGGAUGGUCAAUUGAAGAUCUUUGUAUAAAGAUAUGCAAAAUAUUUGGGAUAGGUCCUGUGGCAAGGCAUCUUUUUGCUUUACGGAAUCAUGCUACCAAACUUUGGUAUCCUGCAAAUUACAAAUUAGAAAAUAAGGAAAAAAGUAAAUUUGAUUUUCGUUUAAGAUUCAAACCAGCCAGUUUACAAACAUUAAAACGCAUAGAUGAAAGAGCUUAUGAUUAUUAUUUUCAACAAGCUCGUUCUGAUGUAAUGGAAAAUAAAGUACCAGAUAUCGUUUAUGAAAGGCAUAAACGUGAAUUGAUUGGAUUAGGUGUUAGUGAUAUGUAUAGAGUGAUGCUUGAAAAACGUAUACCAAGAGAAAUUGUAGAAUCAGAGUACAAGAAAUAUAUUCCAAAGGAAUGUAUUAAACGUCAUGCUUUUUUUAUAAAAAAACCUAUACAUAAUGCACUUGGACGUAUUUCUGGACAUGAUGCUUCUUAUGUAAAAGAACAGUACCUGAAACAAUUUGAAUGCAUGGCACCGAAUUAUCCAUAUGAGGAAUAUAAAGCUUUAAUGGAUAAAGGUAUUCCAAAUCCUCCAUCUAAAGUAGUACUUAGGGUAAAUGUUGAUGAAGUAAAAUAUUGUGAAACGGAAUCUGGUGCUUGGAAUCAACUUUGUGCAAUAGAAGAUCUUUGUUUUAUUUCCAUAAGACAAGACAAUACUGUAGAAGUAUCAAGAAAAAAUGGAAUACCCUCGUAUUUAAAAUUUCCAACCAGUAAUCUUCUUAUGUCGUUUGUUUCUGCUUUGGAUGGCUACUAUCGUUUGGCUAUUAAAUGGACUUUUAAUUUGUGUAGAGAUGUCACUACACCAAGUUUAGAAAAGCUACAUAAGCUGAAAUGUCAUGGACCAGUUGGAAGGGAAUUUGCAUAUGGAAAACUUGAAGAAAAACGUGCCAAUCGUCCCGGAUCUUACAUACUCCGUGAAAGUGAGACAGAAUACAAUGUUUAUUAUUUCGACUCUUGUGGCAAAGAUGGAAAUCUAAUGUCACAAAGAAUAGAAGAACUUGCUGUUAACGAAUUUGUUAUACAAAAUAAUAUAGAAAGAUAUAAAUCUUUAGGACAUUUUAUUUCUUCAUUUCAAGAUCCCGAAAGUCAACCAUAUCUUUUGGAAUGUUUACCACCUUCAGAAUAUGAUAAAUCACCAUUAUUAAUUUGUGCACCAGAAAAUGUGGGAAAUGAGGUUGCUGCCGAUGAAGAAAUCAUUGCAUCUCUUUUGGAAAGUGGACCUCGUUGUGUUCCUCGUGACCAAUUGCAAAUUUAUAAAGUGUUCUCAAAAAAUAGCGAAUCUUUGAAUGUACAACCACCGGCCACGAGAUUGCAUAGGGCAAUGUGGCGUGUUACGAAAGGAAAAAAGUUGGAAGUUGCUAUAAAAAUACUCAAAGAAGAAGAAUGGUGUUCUACUAAAGAAUUUUUAGAAUUAGCUGGAAAAUGGGGUCAAUUGAGAUCAGGUGCUUUAGUAAGAUUGUAUGGUUUAACUGUAACACCAGCGAUUGGAAUGUUAUUAGAAUUAGUAAGACUUGGACCAUUAGAUGCAUACUUACGUAGCACUUCUCCACAAACUAUAAAAACAGUUGAUAUGGUUGAAGCAGCUGCAUGUUUAGCCAAUGCACUAUGGCAUUUGGAGGAAAAUGGUGUUAUUCAUGGAAACAUUAGAUGUAAAAAACUUCUUGUUCAUGCACACACAGAUAAUAGUUUCAUAGUUAAAUUAGCUGAUCCUGGUCUUUUUAUUUAUACAGAUAAGGAUGUACAUUGGUUGCCACCUGAAUUUUAUUCAAAUCCGGAAAUUGCAAAAUGUAAUUUCCAAACAGAUAUAUGGGCUGUAAGCACUACAGUUUGGCAAAUUUUUUCAAGGGGAGCAGAACCUCCCACAUACCAUGACCUGAAUAUUGUGAAAAAGUAUUAUGAAAGUGGUAAACGUUUGCCUAUACCAAGUAGCUGUCCAGUAGAAGUUUAUAAAUUAAUGUUGGAAUGUUGGGGUGAAUCUAAUGGUAUAAGAAAACAGCCUCAAGCAAUAAUGCGUGAUAUCAAUCAAAUUCUCUAUCAAGUAUACAAUUCAAGAAGAACGCACGCAUAUGCGACUGCAUUUCCUAAAUUAUUUAGUGAUUCUGAUCAUAUACAUGAAGAUGAUUCUGAUACAAUAGACGAUAAAUCCAUAAAUUCUGAAUCACAUGCAAGUAGUCUUAUUACUGAUAGAACUAGUUUACCUUGGGAUGACAUCGAUGACAACACAAAAGAAUUAAUUAACAUUAAUGAAAGUUACACCGGUAGUGCUGAAGAACUUUCAAAUUAUUUAAGUUGGUUAAAAAGUACAGCUAGAGAUAUAGAAAGUUGUAACGAUCGAUCAAUGGCGGGUGUUAUUAACUGUUCAGAUCGUACAACACAUGCUCUUCGUAUUACUCAUGAUGGUAGUAUCGGCGACGUUAGCAUAGUUAAUAAUAAUUGUAGUAGUGUAAGCGACGAUGGCACUCGAAUGCAAAAUAUUUUUGAGUUGAAUGCAGAUUGUUAUAUUAUUCUACAAGGUCGAAUAGGUCAAGGAUUUUAUGGUGAAGUUUAUAAAGGUAUACUGGAAAGGGAUGGCGGAAAAGAUAUAGAACCACAACAAGUGGCUGUAAAAAAGUUGAAAACUCGUGCUUUAGAAGCCGAUUUACGUGAUUUUGAAAGAGAAAUAUCUAUUAUGAAGACUCUAAAACAUCCAAAUGUCGUAGAAAUUUUGGGUGUCAUAUCAGAACCUGAAGUAUGUUUAGUAAUGGAAUUUGUAAAACAUGGAUCACUUCAAAGUUACUUAUCUUUACAUCGACAAACACUUACUCAUAAAAAAUUACUUGGUUUUGCCUUAGAUAUUGCCACUGGUAUGGAUUAUCUAGGACAUAAAAGCAUUGUUCACAGAGAUCUUGCUGCAAGAAAUAUCUUGGUUGCAGAUGAGAGUAAGGUGAAGAUUAGUGACUUUGGUCUGGCUCAAGUAACUGGAAAAAAUGAUUACUACAUACUUCAAACUAAUCGAGAUCUCCCAAUAAAAUGGUAUGCACCAGAAAGUUUAAGAGAUGGAAAAUUUUCACCACGUUCAGAUGUUUGGUCGUUUGGUGUAACAAUGUAUGAAACAUUUGGCUUAGGUAAAGAUCCAAAGUUACCGGGUAUCGUUUCAGAUGUUAGAGAUAAAAGUGCAAAUGAAAUCAGUGAUUCUGAGAUAGGUAUAGAAGAAGGAAGUGCUGAAUUAUUAGCAGCUCUUGAAAGAGGUAGUAGGCUUCCUUGUCCACCAACUUGUCCGCAGCAAAUUUACGUCAAACUUAUGUAUCCAUGUUGGCACUUACAUAGUCAUAAGAGACCAGAUUUUGCAUCUCUCUGUAGAGAUAUUAGAGAACUGCUUAACCAUUAUUAAAAUAUUAAUAGGAAUAGUUUUAAAUAAUCGUGUUCCUUAAGGAAUAAAUAUCUAGUCGACGAUUUUAUUCGCGACGUGUUAUGUAUUAAAAAUAUACUAAAUAUUUUGUUUUAAAAA